UCCGGGGAUCAGACAUGGAGUGCGAGCAGCUCAGAGACAUCGUGCAGAACUUCAGGUUCCAUCCUCAGGACGCCCAGGGCUAUAACCGGGUGCUGCUGCAGCUCUUCGGGUAUUUGGGGCACGGAAAAUCCUCCUUCAUCAACUCCUGUAAGUUUGUCCUGGACGGGGAGUAUAAGAUAAUCGCUGAGGCCGGAAUAAAAGACGGCGGUCUAACCAUGGAGAGAAAGUCCUACAGAGUAACGGACUCCAUCACCCUGGUGGAUAACAGAGGCUUCGGGUUCAUGAACGACUUCGAGAAAAUCGAAAUCUACGCCCAGCUGGGGAAUUUUCUGCCUCUCGAUGAGACGGUGGUUUGGAGAGAGGAUUUCGGUGAAAUAAUGGGGAGGAUAGAGGAUGCGGACAUGGAUCCCAAUUACUCCGAUUAUACUGUCCCCGUAUUUAUUUACAGUGUACAGAAGAUGAUACACACGGAGGAAGAGUCCGAAGUGAAACGUUUCCUUAAAGCGUGUCAAGAAAUGACAGGAAUCGUCCCGAUUGUCGUCCUCACCCAUAAAACCAGCGCAAAUUACAUCGCGAUGGAACAGAAGUUCAAGUGCCUGGGAGCAGAGGUGGUGAUUGGGGUGGAAAAUUACACCAGUGACGACCAUCGGAAAACUAUAGAGAAGCACAUGGGUAUACUGAACAUUCUGAAGAACGCGCUGGAAGACGUUCAGUUUCAUGUAAAUUACAAUAGAGAUCUAAGACGGGAACGGAUAGAACGCAAGAAAUUUCUGCUGAGAAUGGUCCAUGAUAGCGUUACGGCCAAAAAACAGAAGGAGGACAGUAGGAGUUUUAAUCCCGGGAGCAAUCCAACUGAAAGACAGAGGGGAACGGAAAAGGGAAGUUCCUGUAUGAUCCUCUAAACACGUCACGCUGCUGAAGCGAUCCGGCCCCAGAUAUCAAUCAUCGACCAGAUCAACGACGGAUAAAAACAAUAAUAACAGAACGUUCCGUCCGUCCAUCCACCGAGACACUUCAUCGGGAUCCAUCGCUCGGUCCUCCUCGGCUUCAAUCCAGAGCUUAAUAAUAUUUGCUACAAUAAUCCUAUAACACAAUCCAUCUCGGCUUCUCCCGCCUGUGACGGACUCCUGGUACUCGGACGGAGACGCUCAAUUCUUCGCUAUUUUCACAUCACCUGCUCUCAUCACUCCGAGUCCAGAUACCGGGAGCCGUCUGAAGCGGUUUGACGCCCUCCUCAAGACAAUCCGAUCAGUAUUCAAAGUUGAAUUUCGUCCGGUGAUGAUAACGGUGAACGUGGCCGGUGAUGAUAACGGUGAACGUGGCCGGUGAUGAUAACGGUGAACGUGGCCGGUGAUGAUAGCGGUGAACGCGGCCGGUGAUGAUAACGGUGAACGUGGCCGGUGAUGAUAACGGUGAACGUGGCCGGUGAUGAUAGCGGUGAACGCGGCCGGUGAUGAUAGCGGUGAACGCGGCCGGUGAUAAUCGCCAUCACCACACACCAUGAGCCAAGACUUCAUGUAGGGGUCCAAAACAGAAAAAACAUGCAUUUAAUGCAACCAUGCAGGGCUAUUUCUACCAGAUGGUAUUUUAUGUAAGAUAAUAAUAAAUCUGAUUGGCUGAGAAUCUAGGAGCUA